AUGGCUACCCGUGUUGAGCACUCGCUGGGAGUCAUUGGCAUCGGUGGUCUUCUAGAAACCAGCGGUUUCGGACAGAGGGCGCAGACUCAUUGGCUUCCGCAACCAACUAAACGAUUGGUCGUCGCAAUCAAGCCGUUGCUUCGUCCCUCAGCUGGUGCUUCUGCAAGCUUGCUUGGUAGCUCUCUUGUAACGGUCAUCGCCCCAGCUGCCGUUGUCGAACCUCUUGUACUCAUGGUUGUCUCUCUGAUCGGUCGUGGGUACCAGGCCUGUGCAACAACCGGUCCUUGGACGCCGCGGGUGUCGAAUAAGAGCGCCGGGAUCUUGGAGGUUGCGCCUCGACGACGCCGAGAGAGGGAAGAAUGCCUCUUUGUGAACAAUGUGCCGAAAGACGUCGAUUCAGCGUCAGUCCAGCAGCACCGCCGAUGGUUGGAGGUUGUCGCGAAUGUCGACAACGAUCCUGAUCCGGUCAUUGAAAUCGAGCCCAAUCAGCAAGAAAUGUCUGCGACGGCUGCAACUCGAAACUCCGGAGAACUUGAUGAAGACGAUGCGCUACAGAAGGCCGUGUAG